AUGUCGAUGUCGAUAUCGAUCAAGCAUGAUCACUUGGUGAACCCUAUCACUGCGUUGGAAUUCUAUCACACCAGAGCAGGCACGUUUCUUAUUCUCGCUGGAGAAGGCCCGUUUCUGAAAAUAUUCGACGCCAAAGAAGCCAAACUGCUCCACCAGUGCGAGAUAUUCCACGGGCAAACCAUUCAUGGUAUCGCUGUUCGAGAUGAUGUCGACCAUGGACUCGACCUACAGGUCGUCAUCUGGGGCCGGUCGAGCCUAACGCUGCUUUCGAGGCGAGAAUUUGACCAGAUCUUAGAUCAAAAUGUGGGUUCAGUCAUAGAUUUUGCAAUACCAGUAUCAGAUUGGAUCCUUGACGUUGCCAUUUCGCCUUUCGAUGCGGUUAGCUGUGUCCUUGUCACUGCGCACAAUACAGUCAUUCGAGCAAGACUUGGUCAUUCCCCACAGGCACACGUGUUAGAGACGCUGCACUCGCCGUCAAGGUCAAUUCUAUACUCUGCGCAUCUCGCUUGGGAAUCUCUUUCCCAAGUCCUGGUGGCUGCUGGAACCGUCUUUGGUGAAAUUCUUGUUUGGCAUUGCUUUCCAUCAGAUGAGGCGUCUUCCUCGACAAGCCGGAUCCUUUUUACCUUUACAGGCCAUGAAGGUUCAAUUUUUGGUGUCAAUAUCUCCCCACCUAUCAUUGAUUCACAUGGCAUUACUCGAUUACUGGCAAGCUGCAGUGAUGAUCGCACAAUCCGGGUGUGGAAUCUAAGUGCGGAGUCACAGGAUAGUCAGCGCACAGCUACCGCGGUGCAAGCCCGCGAGACUGGAUUUGGUGAGAAUGGAAUUCACACCGGGUGCAGUAAGUCGUACUUGGCCAUGGCGAUGGGCCACGCCUCGAGAAUUUGGCGAGUCAGGUUUCUCGGAGAACAAUCAACACCCCUCGAUGCUUCUGCAAUUAGCAUACUUUCGUUUGGAGAGGAUUCGGCGGUACAGCAAUGGGCUUUACAUUUUGAGACAACUGCACCAACAUCUCAUCCACGGUCAUCUGGGAGGCUCGAUCAAUUGCACACGUUUGCUUUCCACAGCGGAAAACACAUCUGGUCUACAGCUGUGCGCCGAAGCGGGCAUUCGAAAGCCAUCCUGAUUACUGGAGGUGCAGAUGGCAAAAUCUCGAGCUACAAGGUUACGACCCCAAGCUGGCUGGCUGCUGUCGAGACUCCGUUGCGGGGAGACACUAGCCCGCCAUCUCUUGGUAAGCAAGGAGCAUCAGAUGAGUUGACCUGGGGCAGAUCAUGGGAGCUUGAUGAAAUUCUGGAAGACUUCGCACUUAAAAGCCUUGUCCGAAACUCGGUCAUCGAGCACCCCAUUUCGAAUGCCUCGCAUCCGGACUCGCCGGAAGCUACUAAUGGAAAUCAAACAGAGAAAAUGAAACCGAAGAAGGUUCGUAAAGAUGGCUUCAAUCAAUACGCUUUCGUUUCGGAGAAGGAGUUGCUUGCAACUACUACGUAUGGCCGUGUUCUGCUCUGUGACAUUGGCCCAGAGAUGCAUUGGAGCGAAGUCAGUCUUCCCGAGUCAGGAUCAGGAGAUCUUCGGUCAUAUUCUGUUCUCGUGGGGUUUCCGGAGAUAGGUGUGACAUGUCUCGCUGGAACUAAUGGGAGCAUCCAUGUCUAUCGCCACCAGAGACUCCUCAAAUUAGGACAAGUUGAGGGGAAGGUUGCAGAUAUGUUCAAAAUCUUUGAUUCACAAAGGUCCUCUUUUGAGCUACUUGUCACGACUCUAGGCGGAACGAAUGCAAUGCUUUUCUCUCUUGAUUUAUCGGGAGCACAGGUGCGGCUCGUUGAGAAUGGAGUGUACAACUUGCCCAAUAAAUUCGUGGUUACGAGUGCUGGAAAUAUUAACCGAAUGUUAGUUAUGGGAUCUAGGUCGGGCUCGUUGGCUCUAUAUACUUCCAGAAGCCCUGAAUCGCCUCUCCAGAUCUGGACGCAUCCUGGAAGUGUUCCGAGGGAUGCCAUUACAGCCAUCACGAGCCUUCCAUCUUCAGAUGCCUCUGGAGACGAUGGCUCGAGGUAUUUUUUAACUACCAGCCGGGAUGGCCUUUACUCCAUCUUCUCAACCACCAUCGUUCAAGAUAUUAGCAUGAAUGCGGCUCAACUUAUGGUUCGCCGGGUUCACCAGUGCGCACCACCGCUCAGACUUAUAAUUGAGGCAGGUUGGUUCGAAGGCGAAAAGCUUUUCCUCCGUGGAUUCAAGGGCAAGAAUUUUGUGGUAUGGGAUGAGACUGAGCAGUGCGAGGUUACGAGUGUUGAGUGUGGUGGCUCCCAUAGGAGUUAUGCUUACUCACCCAUAAGAGGUUCAGGCUGUGGUCAUUUUGUUUAUACGAAAGCCUCAAAGAUAUACCUUCAUUCUCACCGGGGUUCGUCGCACAAAAUCGUCAAGGCAGGCGGUCAUGGACGAGAAAUCAAAGCCUGUGCAGUAUCUGAAGAUCAGAGUUUGAUCGCAACUGGGGCAGAAGAUACUGCCAUACGAAUCUGGCAACACAGCAAAACUCCAAAUUUUCAAAACCCUCUGGCCUGUUCAGCAGUCAUACAGAGACAUUCCGCUGGCAUUCAGCAUCUGCAAUGGCACGGGUCAGGAUACCUGUUCAGUAGUGGCGGCAACGAGGAAUUCUUCGUUUGGGCAGUGGAACAGAUUCCUGGUUUUGGCAUUGGCAUCGUCUGUGAGGCAACUUGUCCUGAUCCAAGUGAGGAUAGGGACUUAAGAGUCAUGAAUUUCCACGUUACUGCGUUGCCAAACUUAUCGGGUGUCCAAAAAGAUCCCCGGCUCCUUGUCAGCCUGGCCUAUUCAGAUUCAACUAUCCGAACAUACAUCUAUUCCGGCCUCGACUCCUUCCACUUAGUUUGCAUUGGGAGGUAUACAUCUUCUUGUCUCACACAGAUCCGUCAUAUUCAGAUAAAGGACGAUGAGGCCUAUAUUUUCACAACGGCAACGGACGGCAGGCUCGCUCUUUGGAAGGGAUGUUUCGACUCAGUCCCGAGAAAUGGUCUACCAGAACCAGUCCAACUGACUCUGGUCUCGGUCCGGAGGAUCCACCAAAGCGCGAUCAAAUCUCUAGAUUUAAUGAGGUUCAACGAAGAGAUUCUGAUUGCCACCGGGGGUGAUGACAACGCUCUCGGUAUCUCGGUAUUCCCAAUCUCCAGCUCGAUGGCGACUGCCAUGCCACCUUGUUUUAUUUUGAGAUCAGCCCAUGCUGCUGCUGUCACAGGUCUCUGCUUUCUCCAUAAUCAUGCGACGGGGUGUCGGGAAGGGAGCGUCAAACUCGCCUCCUCGGGCAACGACCAAAAGAUCACGGUGUGGAGUGUCAACUUGGACAACGAUCGCAGGGGAAACUUGUCGCUCGAUAUCAAAAGGAUAGGAGAUGCCUUUACCCCUGUAGCGGACGUCGGGGAUGUAGCUUCACUUGCGGUAGACAAUCAUGGCGGUAAAAUCCUGGUCGUAGGAAAUGGGAUGGAGGUCUGGAAGGUCGUUUGUCAGACAAGAGAAGAUGUGGAUCUAGCUCAAGAAUCAACAUCGGGGUGGAAAAUAUAA